AAAGACAACUUGAUCGACGACGCCCAUGUUCUCGGAUUUCAUAUACCCACUUUUCCCGGAACUUCCACUAUGACUACCCAACUGCUGGCUGAUUUUCCCGAACUUUCACACCUUUCGAGAGAAGAUCUUGAAGAAAUACUUGCCGAUCCACAAUACUUCCAGGCAGUAUUCCACAGUUUGAACCAAGUGAAAGCGCUAUAUCAAUCACAGGCUGAACUAGGUUUAGCGAACGAGUCUAUAGCUAGAAAUAAUCUUGUAUUGCAAGAGCCGUUGUAUCAACUGCGUAGUGAAGCGAAGGAAGCUUUCGACGAGGCUAAACGACUGGAAGCACGAUGGAAAGAGGUUGAACGGGAACAGCGGGAAGUAUACCAGCGUUUCACGCCUCAAUUCUUGUUGAUGCGUUUGAAGCAUGCGACAACAGCACAGGACGAACUAUCUGAAGCCCUUGCAAGUAGCUUCGUUCAGGGAUCAUCCGCAGAUUCGUCAGCCACUGAAGGCAAAGACGUGGAUGAAUUUGUAAAGGAGUUCAAGGAACUCCGCAAGACAUAUCAUAAACGGGUUAUCUGGGGUGACCGCUGGUCUUCUGGCCAAGUUUCUUGAGCAAGUCGUGUUCGAGAGCUGGAAUUUAUUCGUGAAGUAUCCUAUGUGUACUGUAUGUAAUGCUUAGCUUGUAAUUCGGAUCUACCAUACGUAUCAACAUUACUUCCUCCUUUC